AUCAUCUAGUUUUUAGCUAUCUGAACAGAUAUCAAUUGAUCAACCUUGUAAGACCCUCGGUUUUUGCUGUCCCUCUAUACCACAGUUUUGUCAGAGAUGCUGUUUUCCCUUUGUCAUGUCCCUCUGUCUCAUCAUUUCAUUGUCCCCUUCUGCUCUCUCCUACUCCUAUCUUCAUAGACAUUGCAGAUAUAUUGCAUCCCAACCUGAGGCCAUCACCACGAUCUCUCACUUGUAACAAACAUUUUCUUAUCCUCAUACUGCAAAUUCCAUCGUCAUUAUGCAUGUAUGAGAUAAUAAGGAGACUCUCUCAUUAGUCAUAAGGGUUAAAAAAAACGAAAACACAAGUGGUUAAAAUAAGUUAGUUUCUCCCACUCUCUUUCUUUCUUCAAUUGGUAAUGAGAAAGUUAGGCGACAAAUAAGUGGUGCUGCUAAGUUUAUGCUGUUGUGAUGAUGGGUUUUGAAGCCACAACUCCAGUGGUGGCACCCUUUAGUACUACUCAGAGACCAGACCAUUGGAAGCAUUUUGAUGACUCAGUGAAUGCUGUGUCUUUUGGGUUUGUUGCCACUGCCAUCCUCAUUUCUAUGUUCCUUCUUCUGGCUAUCUUUGAGAGGUUUCUUAGGCAAAGAUCAAGUGAAGCCAAUAAUGUUGCAACUCCAAUAGAUCUUGAACGCCAAAUGCACUUUGGUAGAAAGUUGGAAAAUCUAUCACCCAAGAUGACCAUUUAUGGAAGAGGAGUAUUAGUCUUGAUGCCUGGAGAGCAGAUUCCUUCAUUCAUUGCACUUCCUGCUCCUGCACCAUGUUGCCGUGAGCCCAUGUCAUGGCCUAUUCAAGUUCAACAUAACUCAUGCUUCCAUGCACCCUCAGCAUCAAGGAGAGACUAUAAUCUAACAACUAGAAAUAUGAUGGUUCAUCCCUUUUGAUCUGUGGCAGGAAUUAAGGUCAUAUCAUUUAGCAGUGUGUAAAAUUGAAGCCUCUAGUGAGACUAUCACUGAUGAGCAUUCAAGGAUCAUAAAAGUAGCCUAAUGGCAUCUCUUUUCCUCACAAUUGAAACACAUUUUUCCCUCUAAGAGGGAUCUGCUACUUAGAGAUCAUGUAAAAAUUUUGUACAUAUUAUGUUGCACAAUUGCAUCAAUGCAUUGUAAUUUUCAGUGAAA